GGGUUAUCAAAAACACAUCUAAUUAACGAAUAUUCUUAUCGAUGUUUGACGGUGAAUUAAACUUUUUACAACCGGUCAGUCGUCGCGAGGUUUUCGCAAACAUCGAACGCAAACUCGGUAAAAAUGUCUGUUGCAAACGCGUUUGAAGUUAGUAAAAUAGUCCCGGAUGUCAUCCCGGUUGCUCCCAAGGAAUUGAUUGAGCUGAAAUACCAAAGCGGUGUUUCUGCUAAUUUGGGCAAUGAACUUGCGCCGACCAAAGUCAAAGACCAGCCUGCUGUCUCCUAUAACGCCGACCCUGACGCGUUCUACACUUUAGUGUUUACUGAUCCAGACAACUACGAUGGUCCUGAACUGGUUUACCGCGAGUGGCAUCACUGGCUGGUAGUCAACAUUCCCGGGAGCGACGUCGCUCAGGGUGACGUGCUGUCGGGGUACAUCGGUUCCGGUCCCCCGGAAGGCACCGGCAUCCACAGAUAUGUGUACAUCCUGUACAAACAGCCCGGCAAGCUCGUCUUCGACGAAAAGAGGCUCGGCAACAAAUCAAUUGACGGACGCGCUGCCUUCUCCACGAAGAAAUUUGCUGAGAAAUACAACCUCGGUGCACCGGUUGCCGGCAACUUCUACAGGGCGCAGUUUGACGAUUAUGUGCCACUUCUAUACAAGAGUUUGGGAGUUUAAACAUAAUAAAUAGUUAUUAUAUAUAAA